GAGGUACUAACUUAUAAGUCAUCUAUUAUAUGUAUACUUAGUCACAGUUUACAUUGUCACGGGACUAACUGCUGACUUAGGUAUGACAACAUGGAAAGUCACAGCUGUUCUACAGGAAAAGUCCCCCCUCAGUCAGAGGAAAAACCCAAAACUCUGCUGACACGGUGAGAAAGAAGCAAGUCCCUAGACCCAGGCAGGUUCACAGCUGUGGAGUCACAGACAUACAGAACACAAAAAUGUCUGACAACGAUAUGACCAGCCUGGCAGCCAAAUUACAAAAUUUAGAGUUGUGCCUCAAGAGUCACCACAGCCAAGACCAUGGCUAUGGGCAGGCACUGAGAGAAGCCAUUCUUUGCAUGGAUAACAUCAUGGAGGUAGAAGUCCUGAAAAGUCUUGGAGACCUGCAUCUUCAGAAAGGCAAGCUCAGUAAAGAUUCAGAAGAGUUUGACAAGGCUGCUGCCCUGUAUGCUGCUGCCUUACUGCGCUGCAAAGAGCCAGACAUGGGUCAAACCCUGCAACAUCGUAUUGACUACAUGGAGAAACUCUCCAGACAACUGCUGCAGGGGUACACUCCACAGUAUCAGAGAUUGUCUCUACACAUUUCUGACAGCAAUGUCUUAAGGGUGGCAGAGAUUUGUCACAAGUUAGACAGAGUUGGUAAACUGUGGAAAUCUGUCGAGGACACUUACACAGAAGCAUUAGUGACUGCUAUAGAAAAUAGUGAUGUAUUCUUAGAGCUUGAGGUCUUAAAAUCUCUCGGAGAUUUCUACCUUGAGAAAGGCAAGAAAACCUCUGAUGCAUCCCAGUUCUCCAAGGCAGCUGCCAUGUACAACAAGGCCCUGACAAGAUGUGAGGAUCCUGAGACAAAACUAACCCUACGUCAUCGCAUCAGUUAUGGAGAGAAGAUCAGGGAAGCAGUAAGAAAGCAGCCAACUCUAAGCAAAUCAAGACCAAGAGAAAAGAGACCAUCCUCGGGACACCAGUUUGGGAACAUGACAAGACCUGAUGUUACACAGACCCGUACUGAUAUACAGAGUCAGCUGCAGUACAAAGACCACAUGAAGGAAGGUGAAUCAUCCCUUGACAAGGCAGACCUGGACUCAGCAGAGGAGCACUUUGCAGCUGCACUCAAGACAGUACACAUGCCAGACCCCACAGCCCAGCAGUACCAGAGAGAGGUGGAGCCCCUGUGCAAGUUGGGGGAUGUCUACAGUAAGCGAGGUCAGAAGACAGGAGACGGGGGAGACUUUGUCAAAGCAGCAGCACUCUACCAUGCAGCAAUAGCCAGGUCAGAGGAUCAAGUCAUCAAUGGUAACAUAGAAAGAGCUGUUACAGAGGUAGAGAAGUCAUUUCUCAAAUAUGUUUUAAACAUUCAUUGUGAUAUUAAGAGUCUAGUCAACACAGAUAGACAUAAGAAACAGCUGAAGGAGAUGCGGGACCAGAUCAAGCUGGAGAUGGAAACCAUUGACCAGCAGCUGGAUCCCUAUGUACUGGAUGAGAGUGACCCACGUGUCAACGAGAUAGAGGCAAAACGAGCUCAGGCUGUCAGGCAGUUGUUUGACAAAAUUGCACAAGAAAGGAAGGAGUUCAUCAGCCUGCUUGUAGAAGAGUGUAUUGGGUUAAUGGGUCCCCCUUUCUGUAAGUAUGCCCUGAUAGGUUUGGGUUCACAGGCCACAGGACUGGUAACUCCAUACUCAGACCUGGAGUCUGCCAUCUUGGUAGAAGAAGAAAGGGAAGAAUGUCUUGUGUAUUUCUGCAACCUCACCCACUAUCUACACCUCAAGGUGGUCAACCUGGGAGAAACCAUUCUCCCAGCACUGGGAAUAAAAUCUCUCAAUGACUUCUACUCUGAGAAUUCACUUGACAACUGGUACUAUGACUCUGUAACACCACGUGGGUUUGCAUUUGAUGGCUCCAUGCCAAAGGCGAGCAAGACUCCACUGGGCAGGCAAGGAACCAGUCAACUCAUCUGCACCCCAAACAACAUGGCUUCAAAACUACAAACGGAUGCCACCUUGUAUCUGAAUAAAGGAUAUCACCUUGCCAUAAUCUUGAGAAACCCAUGCCUGAUAGCAGGGGACCAGGGUCUGAUCGAAACCUACAUGGCUAUCACAAGGAAGAUAAUGCAAGCUGAUGGGGGUAAAAUGUCUCAACAACUGGCACAGGAGAUACAGAGGGAGAACAUCAGAAAACUAUUGGACAGUGAUGAGGGAACAGUCACAGCAAGGUUGAUUGAUGUCAAGAAAAAACUCUAUCGCUUCCCAGCUAUAGCAAUUGAUUGCUUGGCCCUGUCAUCACAUAUCAAACCUACCACAGUUUGGAAGAUGAUAGAAGAGAUGGAAAACAAACAAGUGAUCAGUCCCAACAACGCACACCACCUGACAGUGCUUACCAGCAUCUCAGCAGAACUCAGGCUCAGAACAUACAUUGCAAAUGGUGGACAGAAGGAAAACUUGUCAGCUAUGGCCUUGAUGGAAACAAUACUACAUGUAGAUCAACAGGAAUCAUCCCUACUAACCAAAGAAGUGCAAACAAAUGAACUGAAGCCAGUUUUUCAUCUACCGAAUGAAAGACAGCUUUUCAGAUACUAUCAUACAGCAGUUCCUCUUAAAUAUGUUUUGUCUAAAUGGUCUGAAAAGAACCCAUGCCUACAGCCUUUCCCUGAUUUGUAUGAUAAUUCUCCAAGAAUACAAGGACAGAUGUACUGUGAGUUAUGUAAAUAUAGACUGGCUCUCAGACACUACCACGAGGCUCUUAAGGCAGCUGAUGGAACCGACACUAAGGAGAUUAUGCUGCUGCUUUGUGAUAUUGGAUAUGCUAAUUUUGAGGUGGGUGAUCACCAUAAAGCUAUCAGCUACUAUGAACAGGCACUAAUUAUAACAAUGCAUGGAAAAACCAAUGGGCGGAGUACAGCACAUCUACUCAAUGCAACCAUACUGAACAGCCUGGGUGUAGCCUGGUCUAGCCUGGGAGAUCAGAGGAAAGCAAUCAGUUACUAUGAAGAGGCACUGCAGAUGAGAAGAAGUAUCUAUGGGCAGAGUACACAACAUCCUGACAUUGCCAUGUCACUUAGCAACCUGGGGUCAGCCUGGGACAGUCUGGGAAAAUACAGGAAAGCAAUCAGCUUCCAUGAACAAUCACUUAAAGUGUACAGGAGUAUCUAUGGUGAGACCAAAGCACAUCCUCAGAUUGCCACAUUACUAAGCAACCUGGGUGCAUCCUGGGGUGCUCUGGGUGAAUACAGGAGAGCAGUCAGCUACUAUGAAGAGGCAUUACAGAUGAAAAGGGACAUCUAUGGUCAGAGUACACCACAUCCUGCCAUAGCCAUAUCACUUAACAGCCUGGGGUUAGCCUGGCACAGUCUGGGUGAUUACAGGAAAGCAAUUAUAUACCAUAAACAGGCACUUAAAAUGUCCAGAGGUAUCUAUGGUGAGACUAAAGCACAUCCUCAGAUUGCCACAUUACUAAACAACCUGGGUGGAUCCUGGUGUGAUCUGGGUGAAUACAGGAGAGCAGUCAGCUACUAUGAAGAGGCAUUACAGAUGGAAAGGGACAUCUAUGGUCACAGUACACCACAUCCUGCCAUAGCCACAUCACUCAACAACCUGGGGUCAGUCUGGAAAAGUCUGGGUGAUUACAGAAGAGCAGUCAGCUACUAUGAAGAGUCAUUACAGAUGAGAAGGGACAUCUAUGGUCAGAGUACACCACAUCCUGACAUAGCCAUAUCACUUAGCAACAUGGGGGUAGCCUGGCAACAUCUGGCUGAUUACAGGAAAGCAAUCAGCUUCCAUGAACAGGCACUUAAAAUGUCCAGAAGCAUCUAUGGUGAGACCAAAUCACAUCCUCAGAUUGCCACAUCACUGAACAACCUGGGUUUAUCCUGGUGUGAUCUGGGUGAAUAUAGAAGAGCAGUCAGCUACUAUGAAAAGGCAUUACAGAUGAACAGGGACAUCUAUGGUCAGAGUACACCACAUCCUGACAUAGCUGGAUCACUUGACAACCUGGGAUUAGCCUUGCACGAACUGGGUGAUUACAGGAAAGCAAUCAGCUUCUAUGAACAGGCACUUAAAAUGUCCAGAAGUAUCUAUGGUGAGACCAAAGCACAUCCUCACAUUGCCACAAUACUGAACAACCUGGGUGGAGCCUGGGGUGCUCUGGGUGAAUACAGAAGAGCAGUCAUCUACUAUGAAGAGGCAUUACAGAUGAAAAGGGACAUCUAUGGUCAGAGCACACCACAUCCUGACAUAGCCAUGUCACUUGCCAACCUGGGGUCAGCCUGGCAACAUCUGGGUGAUUACAGGAAAGCAAUCAGCUACAAUGAUCAGGCACUUAAAAUGUCCAGAAGUAUCUAUGGUGAGACAAAAGCACAUCCUCACAUUGCCACAUUACUGAGUAACCUGGGUGUAUCCUGGAAAGAUCUGGGUGAAUACAGAAGAGCAGUCCGCUACUAUGAAGAGGCAUUACAGAUGAGAAGGGACAUCUAUGGUCUGAGUACACCACAUCCUCACAUACCCACAUCACUUAGCAACCUGGGGACAGCCUGGCACCAUCUGGGUGAUUACAGGAAAGCAAUCAGGUACCAUGAACAGGCACUUAAAAUGUCCAGAAGUAUCUAUGGUGAGACCAAAGCACAUCCUCACAUUGCCACAAUACUGAACAACCUGGGUGGAGCCUGGGGUGCUCUGGGUGAUUGCAGGAAAGCAAUCGCCUGCUAUAAACAGGUACUAAAGAUGCAAAGGGAAAUCCAUGGUUAUGGUGCAGCACAUCCUGAAAUUGCCAUGUCACUAAACAACCUGGGGGCAACUUUGUACAAACUCUGUGAUUUCAGAGCAGCUAACAGAACUUUCCUAGAAGCUUUGGCUAUGGCAAAGCAAACUUUUCCCCAGGACCAAAACCAUCCAAUGAUUAAAGGAAUUGAAAGGAACCUGGCAGAAAACCAGCGUAAGGCAUCUAUGGGUAACUGAUGAGAAAGUCCCUGAUAUGUUAGAUAAAAAAAUUCCAUCAUUCUAUUUCAGUCACGUUGCUAUAUAGCAUAAAAAGCAUUAGAAACUCAAAGAAGAGGAACAACAGAUUAUAAACAAAAAACUGGACUUAACAUUAAGAUGGAUAAUCAUUGUUAGAGAACAAUGUUGUAAAUACGGGACUGUAUGUCUAAUAACUUAUUGGCAGUAGAGGAAAAUAUCAUAAUGUAUAGAUUCACAUGAUGAGGCAAAAGACCUGUCAGUGAGUGUAUGCCUGCCCUGCAUGUAAAAUACACACUAGAAAUGUGUAAUCUAUAAUGUAUAAUGUGAAAGUCCUGACGAUAUUUGAAGGACAUGUUUGUGACUUCUCUUGACAAAAAACGCAAUUCAGCACUGGUGCUGCGAAGGCUUUUAUUUUUGAAUAAACCGUUCU